GAGUCUCACUUCCGCUGCCAAAAGUCUCAAAACCAAGAAAAAAGCGCGCUAAAAGGGGCGGAAAAACCCUACCGAAGCGAUGCCGGAGCUUCCAGAGGUUGAGGCCGCCAGAAGAGCAGUAGAAGAGAAUUGCUUGGGCAAGAAGAUCAAGAGAGCAAUUAUAGCCGAUGACUCUAAAGUCAUCGAAGGAGUCUCCUCCUCGGAGUUCGAGUCCGCUCUCAUAAGCAAGACCAUCGUCUCGGCUCACCGGAAGGGCAAGAACCUUUGGCUCCUGCUGGAUUCCCCUCCUUUUCCUACUUUCCAGUUCGGGAUGGCUGGUGCUAUUUAUAUAAAAGGUGUUGCUGUUACAAAAUAUAAGAGGUCUGCAGUAAAAGACAAUGAUGAAUGGCCUUCAAAAUAUUCAAAGUUCUUUGUUGAACUAGAUGAUGGUUUGGAGCUAUCUUUCACAGAUAAGAGGCGAUUUGCUAGAGUCCGCUUGCUCAAUGAUCCUACAUCUGUGCCCCCGAUAUCUGAGCUUGGCCCUGAUGCACUGUUUGAGCCUAUGACAGUUGAUGAAUUUAUGGAAUCCUUAAGCAAGAAGAAGAUUGGCAUUAAAGCCCUAUUGCUUGAUCAGAGUUAUAUCUCAGGAAUUGGCAACUGGAUUGCUGAUGAAGUGCUAUACCAAGCAAGGAUUCAUCCUCUGCAGAUUUCUUCAAGCCUGUCCAAAGAAAACUGUGCAACAUUACACAAGUGCAUCAAGGAGGUUAUUGAAACAGCAGUUGAAGUCGGGGCAGAUAGUAGUCAGUUCCCAAGUAAUUGGAUAUUUCAUUCUCGUGAAAAGAAGCCUGGGAAGGCUUUUGUUAACGGGAAGAAAAUUGAUUUUAUCACUGCUGGUGGCAGGACAUCGGCAUAUGUACCGGAGUUGCAGAAGUUGAGUGGAACAUUAGCUUCAAAAGCAGCAGACAAACCUAGAAAGCAGGCUUCUAAGAGAAAAGAAGGUAAGGCCGAGGAAGAUGGCGAUGGUGAUGAACCUUCGAGUGAGGAAGAGGAAACCACCGAAACUACCAAAUCUAAAAAGGGAGCCUCCCGUGAGAAGAAAAACCAAGAUGAUGCUAGAAGUGAAGAGGAUGAUGAAGAUCCGAAAGAGAAAUCCGGGAAGGUUAAAACUAAAACCAGUAACAAACAAGAAAAGUCUGCAAAGACAUCCAAGCAAGCAGCGAGCAGUCGAAAUAGUAAGAAGCCAAAAAGAGCUAAGUAGUUAGCUACGGUGUUGACAUAUUUAACAGCUCUGGAAAUGCCUGCCCAAUUUUUGUAAGAAUUGAAAGGGCUCUGUGUUGCGUUCUUUUAAGUAGCAUCGUUUUUCAACUUGCUUUAACUCCGAAUCCGGGGCCAACUUCUUCUGCAUCAAUGCCUGUUGCAACUGUUUGCUGCUGGGUAUUUUGAAGAAUUGGAUCCCAUUUUCAAGUUGUAUUUAAGCUAAUUAAGUUUCAAAGCACCAAAUAUCCUAUGAAUAGCCUAAUUGGCUAAUU